UUGUAUAAUUAUUUUUUUCAUUUAAUUUUUUUUUUAUCCUCUCCUCUUCUUUUUUUUGUAUGUACAAGUCUUUUGUCCUGCUGCGGUUUUGAAAAAAUUAUAUUUUGCGCGAGAGAAAAGUGAAGAGAAACAAAAUUGGCAGAAAACAUGGAGGACUUGGACGAAAUGGGGACGACGGUGGAACUUUACGUCUACGAUUUAACGAAAGGCGCUGCAGCACUUAUGUCACAACUUUUAAUAGGUCGACAUAUUGAUGGUGUUUGGCACACAGCAAUAGUUGCAUAUGGUCGGGAAUAUUUUUUUGGACCCAGUGGAAUUCAAAGCGUUAGACCCGGUGGUACGGAACUUCAAGAUCCGCAAAAAGUGGAAAAAGUUGGUGAAACAUAUCUUCCGUAUUCUGUAUUUUUGGAAUAUAUCAAUGGAUUAGGAACGUCGAAUUUCGCACCUGGCACUUACCAUAUAUUUAAACAUAACUGCAAUUCUUUUACGGACGAGGUGAGCAAUUUCCUCGUAGGCACUGGUAUCCCAAAGUAUAUUUUGGAUCUUCCAGAAGCCAUCUUACAAACGCCCAUUGGUCAAGCAUUGGGUCCCUUGAUAGGAGCUUUGAGCAGUGGUGCAAGUGCUGGUUUCACUGUUGGUCACAGAUUCGUUGAACCGAGAUUUCAGAGAGAACCAUCUCCAGAAUAUCAACUUCUUAAUACGGCCAUCGAAGAAGCCAGAUUAAAUUCAAUCGCCUUGGAAGAGAAGAGAAACGUAAUAAACGAGAAGCUUGCGAAAAAGGAGCGAAAGAAGAAAAAGAAGAAGAAGGAAAAGAAGGAAAAAGGAAACAGAGAAAGUGGUAGUGAAAGUAAUAGUACAGGACCCAGUAAUUGUUGCACAAGCAUGGCGGACAGUGAGGCAAGUGCAAUGAGCGACGUACAGCCGAGAAAUGGAAAUAUGGACAGUGAUAUUGGAGCAGAGAUGCUGCCAUCAGAGCGUGUUCUUCAAAUGGAAGCGGAGGAGAAACGUGAACUGGAAGAGGUGAAAAAACAUCGUGAACCUCCAAUUGUCUUCAAAGAUCUCAUAAAUGUCGAGGAGGAAUUUGAAUUAUUAGGAAAAAUUCUAGACGGUAAAUUGAAUGACACUGAAAAAACAAAUCUCGAAGAACUACAUCAGUAUGUAUUCGAAAAUGAAGGCUCUUGGGCGUUGGGCGAUAAUUUUCUCAAUUUUGUCGGUCGAAUUUUGUACGACAAGUCCCUAGAAUCUGCUGCGAGAACUAAACUUCUGAAUAUUCUAUCUGUCGCUGCUCUAAAGGACGAUGUGAUUUUGCUUUUGCAUCAAGACCGAAGAGAGCACACUAUCAUGAAUUAUGCAUUUGAUAUCGAUCGUCAUCCAGCAGAAGAGCAAUUGCCACUUGCACAAUUUUUAGCAAACAUGUUUGAAAAUCUGAGCAGUUCGGAAUGGCUUCUUUACAUUUCCGAAUGGCAACACCAAAAUCAAAAUAUCAGUAACAUUAGGGUAACAACGAAGGUAGCGGUGCAUUCAUUACUUUCAGAAUCUCUCGAAAUGCAAGCCAGGGGGACGGCAAUUAUUCACAACUUAGCUUGCAAGGAGAAAAUGCACAAAAACAAAACUCUGCGGCAACUUUUACCAAAAGGCAGCAUUUCGAAGGUUUUCGACGAUGUCGCCGUGGAAUUAACAAUGGCACUACUGCAAUUUUUCAAUGGCAAUCCAAAUGAGGAGCAACUUUUCGCCUGUAUGAAGGCACUCACACGUUUCACGCAAAUCAGCGGUCAGGAAGUGCCGCAAUUGAUACAAAUGAUUGGCCCAGAACCAAAUAAAUUUCGUGGUGCUUCGCAGAGGGUAGAUCAGUUGAUCGAUCAAAUCAACAAAAAAUUACGUUAAUUCGAAUGCAAAAUCCAAUUUUUGUUUUUAUCAACAAAACAAGACCGUUUUUUUUAUAUAUAAAAAAUAUUUAUUAACAAUUGUAAUUAUUUUUAAAUAUCGUUCGCUAUUUUUAUUUAUUUUUUGUUUUCUCUAUAAGAUUGUCCAGAUCUCGAAAAUCUCGAAAUCACUGAUUUUAAAAUUGUUCAAAUUUUCUAAACUGAUUAAUUAAUUAAUUAAUUAAAAAAAUUUUAUUUCAACUUUUUUUCGAUAUUUUUAUCGAAAAUAAUAGAUUAGCAGAGAUAUCGUGAGAGUAAGCACGUAAUGCUCAAGAUAUUUUAGGAAUUUGCUAUCUUAAAAGAUUGAAAAGUGAGGAAAAGUUUGUCGAUUAUUUUUCACUGUAAAAUUGACACUUUUAUGUAAAAAAGUAUUUUUUAUAUUGUCCAAAUUACUAUUGAAUGAAAAAUAUUCUAAAUUUUGUGUUUUUUCAAACUU